AUGUUAAGUAACACGAUAUUUUACCUUUUCUUGGUUUUCGUUCAAUUGAUUCCUCAAGCUGUCUCUCAAAACCUUCCAUUUAAAGUUGAGAAAAUAUCCUUACCAAAAUUAGGUUGGGGUUUAGGAUCAUUAGAACCUUAUAUUUCAAAGGAAACUAAUGUGUUGCACUAUUUUAAACAUCACCAAGCUUAUGUUAAUAACUACAAUGCUGCUCUUGAUAGUUUGGUUGAAGCUGAAGCCAAAGGUGACUACAAGACAAUUGUUGAAUUGCAAUCGGCAAUUGCGUUUAAUGGGGGUGGUCAUAUUAAUCAUUCAUUAUUUUGGAAGAAUUUGGCUCCAGUUUCAGAAGGUGGUGGGGAAUUUCCUGAUUUGAACUCGGAAUUGUCUAAACUUGUUUAUAAACAAUUUGGUGGAUUUGAUGAAUUAAUCAAGUUGACAAAUGAGAAGUUGGCCACUAUCCAAGGUUCAGGUUGGGCAUUUAUUGUUAAAAAUUUAAGUAAUGGUGGGAAGAUCGAGGUUGUAACUAUCUCCAACCAAGAGGCUUUAUUUAAGCCUUUGGUUCCUUUAGUUGCAAUUGAUGCUUGGGAACAUGCCUAUUAUUUGCAGUAUCUUAACUUAAAAGCUGACUAUUUUGAAGCCAUUUGGAAUGUGAUCAAUUGGAAAGAAGCUGAACGAAGAUUUAAUGCUGCUAAGUAG